AUGCAGAUAUAUUUGGAGAAUUUACUUGGCACUGAGAGAUACAGGAAUCCAUGCAAUUUUGUUGAUAUGCUAAUGACAAGUCAAAACCUCUUUCAGAAUGUUGGAAAGACUGGAAGUGGUUCGGUUGGAACUCAAAUGGUUAGAUCUGAUUUCACGAGCUUUUUUGGAGUGCCUUCCUCUGGAUUAGAAGAAUCAACAAGAAAAGAAUCAAAUAUUGUUAAUAUACUUGAUGAUGGAAGUGAUGGUGAUAAGCUCGCUUUAGUGGAGUUUUUUUGUUUGCUA